UUUUGAAAAGUCCUGGCCCGGGACAGCAGUACCCCCUGUGCCCCCCUGAUGGCGGCCCUGGAAGUUGGUCAGACAGGUCCAAGGACCCAAUACACAGGCCAAUAAACUGCUGUCUCACUCUGUGUAUGUCUUUAAUCAUAACCUAUACUGAGAGACAGUUAUAGUUAUUACCCUGUACUAAACCCACUUCUUCUAUUGCAUUUGAGGGUAUUGUGGCUUCUCAAAUAUUUUGGGUCAAUUCCUUUUCCUCUGUGUUCUAUAAAAUGUGUAAGUGAGCUAGAGCAACUGGAAGAAUCCCACCCAGACACAUGGGGAAAAUACAAACCCUAUCCAGAUGGUGCCCUCUUCAGACUCAAACUCACCAAGAUGAAGCCCACCCAAAAGACCAAAUGUUCCAUUAAACUAUCGUACGGGGGUGAGCACUUAAAGUAAAAGUGCAGCGUCUCAGAGCAAUGGCUGUUGCAACUUUGUCUUGAGCAGCAUUUGAAAUCUCAUAAAAAGCCUUUCUGGCCUACAAAACCUUAAUCGCUUGUUAUAUUUAAACUUGAUAUCUGUUGUGCUGAGUGGUGCCAGGACAUGAGUCAAGGAUAUUGAUAGGAGGCGGCCAUAAAAUUAUUUAAUGCAGAGUAACAGCCCGGGGAAGCACUGAGGAUCCCAUUUACUAAUGCAGUAAGAAUACUAAACAAAAUAAGCCUAUAAAUUGGGUAUAUAUAUAUAUAUAUAUAUUUAUAUACAUAGAAGUAGCCAGUGCUGUACUUCUGGUUGGCACAGACGCUUGCAGACUGGGUAAUAUUGCAUGCAUUUAAGCCAAUGUCUGCCUCCUGAGUGUCAUCUAGAUACAGCAGCCACCACACAGGUCUAAAGUUCUGUUUCUCACAAUUUAUCUAUAAUUGCACAGAUCUAGAUAAGGUGAAAAUCCAGCAAUGUCUUGUUUUUGGAUAUAGUGUAGAAUACGUACAAGCAUGAUUCUGAAUCUUAGGGUCAGGGGCCCCAUUAUCGGCUCAAGCAGGGGGCCCUGUCGUAACUCUAAUGUCCCCUGAUAGGGGCAGUUGUUAGUGAGUGUGUAGAGAGAUGAUGGGUAAGCACCCCGUUAUCAGUACACUUUGCUUGAGUUAAAAGUCCAGUUCAACAACUGGCAGGUUAAAGUGCAUCUGGCGCAGGCAGUGUUUGUAUUGGUUUCAUUCAUUCAGCAAUUACUCAGCCGAGAAGAACCUCACACCGGAGUAAUAUCUCUGUCUAACCGGCUAUGGAUAUUUUAGAGACGGAUUCCAGAUACCGGAAAUCAUCUCUGGCGACUAUGAGAAGCAUUAUUCCAAAGCUGCUGCCGUUCCUGAUUUCCUGCUACAAUUACUUUGCUUUGUGGUUGCCGCUCUCAGAGCCGGACUUGUUCCAUGCCAUUAUCAAGAGCUUGCCCAUCCUCUGCCUGGGCUUCUUCCUUGUGGUCCAUUCACUGAGCCUGGGAAGCUUCAGUCCGUACUCUAAGAAGAUUUUGGUGGGGCUGAUGUUCUCGGCAGCUGGAGACGUCUGCUUGCUCUGGACAGAAUUCUUCCUCCAUGGUAUGGUUAUGUUUGGUUUGGCCCACCUCAUGUACAUAACUGCCUUUGGCUUCCGACCUCUCAGACUGCAUUUAUUUAUUCUCCUGGCAUUGCUCUGCGCCACCUUCUUCCUCUUCACUUUGCCGUACUUGCACGGACCUUUUCUAUACAUGGUGCCUGGAUACUCGGCACUGAUUGGCACCAUGGCAUGGAGAGCUCUGGCCAGGGUCAGCCUGGCAUCGUACAAGUUUUCCUGGGCACACAUCUCUGCCGCCCUGGGCUCCCUCGUUUUUGUGGUGUCAGACUGUUUCCUAGCGGUAGAUAAAUUCUGCUUCCCCAUAGCCGACUCCCGUGCUAUUGUGAUGGCCACCUAUUAUGGGGGACAGAUGUUUAUAGCCCUCUCCAUCGCUGGCAGCUCCGAGGAUGACUUUAUAUGGAAGAAGAAAUGAGCAGCCGCUUGCUGAAAUAAAAAGACUAUCAGUACCUGGGCUCAUGUUAGUGAGGGAACUUGGGAUCUCUAACCCGAGGGCAAAAAGCACAUUCUUCUUGGUGGUCAAACAUAAAACACUCCAGUUAGUGCUGAGCUGCAACUCCCAGCAUCCACUGGCAUCCUUUGAUUGAUUUGGAUCCAGGUUUACCAUCAGUAAUCAUGGGGCAUUAUAAUACUAGGUUAGAAGGGCCCUUUCCUCAGGGAGGGGCAAUUAUUGGCCCACUGGUCACCUGGGUGGUGAGCCCUGCCAACAAGUAAAAUGGCAGAUCAAUGAAAAAAAAACCCCUCACAUAGAUUGCCACACCCCUGAUCCACCCCAGCCACACUCCAUUUAUGCCAAAACCAAGCUCAUGAUCCAUCCAAGCCCAGCCCAUUAUCCGCAAGCUCCACCCAUUUCACAACCUGCAAUUGACAAUUUUCUGGAGGCACCCUCUGCUAUGGGGCCCCUGAAUGGUGUAUCCCCAACCAUCCCAAUUGUAGCACUGUUUAGACCACUUGAGUUAUCAAAGCCCAACCAUCCUUAUUACCCAUCCUUAAUUAAUCCAUUAACUGUGUAACCUGUCCUCCAGCUCUGGACAAUGGUAGGCCUGCUCCAGUCUUAUAUAAACCAAUUUAUCUUCUCUGCGGGAGCACAAAUAAUGUUUCCUGUAAGGGGCCUUCUUGCUUCUGUUGAACUACAACUCCCAGCAUCCCAAGGCCAAACAUUGAGCUAAAAGUAGUAGUUCUAUAACAUUCGGGUAUGCUCAUGUCUGUUCUACUAUAAAUGACUCUUAAAGGCCCUUAAAGAAUUGGUUGGUGGGAUCAGGACCUUCAUCUGACCAUUCCGAGAUUGGCCUGGUAUUAAAGGACCACAAAAUGUUCUUUAUUUUCCUUUUCUAUGUUCCUAAUAAAGAUUUUUGAUUGUAGGGAUUCCCAGUAAAACAUGUUUGCAAAGUCUU